UCAUAUACAAAUCCAAAAAAUCUUAAGUUUACUUGAAUACCUCAACUGUCAUGAAUGUUGGCUUUAAGAUGUUUGUGCUAAUGUGAAUGUGAAGAUCGGAGAGUCAUUAUUGUCUGAUUACUAGUUGGUUUCCAAGUUCUUCUUUAAAUAUUUGUAUGAGAAGGGCUGUCAAAUGGUUAAAAUCAGGAUCCAAAUGCAAUUGAAUUUGUUACUCUGAAUUGAGACUGCUCUGGUGACCAAAAGUAAGGAAUUGAGACUACUUUGAAGUAGCUAGUGCUUGAGUACGGCCUACUAAAUCUGACUUUUAUUGGAUUGCACCUGUAUCUAGGUAGAAAUGAUCCGAUUGAUUUUGUUCCGUAUAUUGUAUACACACACACACAUAUGUGCAUGUAAAUGAGGACAGGAGGGCAAUUUACCAAAAUCUUAAAUGCUAGACUCAGAUUCAUAAUCUGACUUAAACUUGGAUUUAGUAAUUUUUUCUUUUGGUACUCUAGAUUGGAAUUCAGAAUCUGAUGUUUUCUGUUAAGAGUUGGAUCUUUGUAUAUGUAAUCUUAAUCAGAUUUGGAUCUUGCGGAGUCUGAUUGCUAUCAGACCCACCUGCUGCAGUUAAAAAAACAUAUUGCAAAUUGUAAGUUGUAAGUUUUAGCUUCUGAAAUUUCAGACAAGACCUGCUUCCAUUGAAUGACAGUUGGGUACGAUCUUAAAAUAUGUCAACCUCUUGCUAUUCUUUCCCUGGACUUGAUAACGGUUAUUGUCUCCAUCAUGGGAACAUCAUUAAGAGUGGGUUUUUUUUUUUUGUGUGCGCGCGUGUGUGGGUAAGAUGAGAGGAAAGGAAAAUUACAAUGGUGGUUUUUGCUUUAUCAGCCAAACUCAAUCAUUAAGGGUGGUUAUAAAAGUUAUAAAUCAGUGAUUGUCAUCAAAUUUUUGGCAGUUGGCAUACUUUUGUCUUAUUAGUAAUAUGUGUUGGGACAAAAUACUACUCCCUGCGACUGCUUUCAAAACAGGUCUGCUGGCUACGAUGUUGAGGUCCGUAAAAGAUUUGAAUUUGUCUCCCUUAACACCAAUUGGUUUUAGAUGGAAUGGCAGCUCAUGAUCCGACAAUGUGACAUUUCUACAUUGAGUUUGGCUGAUUUAUCAUCAUAUGCAUUUGAUGCAAUGCUGUUGCUGGAAUUGGGUAUUUGAGAAGUAAUAGUAACAUCAGUACUUGCAGCUAUUGACUGUGAUGUCAAAGAAAACUAUUAUUGACUUAAGCUUAUAUAGUGAUUCUGUAAUGGCAGAACUGUAGACAAUGUACAGAUUGGUUUUCUGAACCAUGGUGACUCAUCAAGCAGUUGCAGCACUUUUCAUGGCUCAAGCUUUUGUUGGUUUUGAAUGCACAUAGAAUAACUACUUGUUUGAGUUGAAAUGCAAUACUUGGCAUUCUCCUAUUUAAUUUGUUGCCUUAUUUUACUUUAACAACAGCAUGUUAUGUUGUUUUUGUUUGUGCGUGUAAAGCAUGUGCUCUCUUGUGCAGGGGAUCCCCAUGCUUUAUCUAGGGGAAGAAUCAGUCACACUUCUCACUUUUAAAGGAAUAGCUGUUGUGAUUAUGGGUGUCAGUGGUGCUGGGAAAUCCACAAUAGGUGAGAUGCUGGCAAAAUUUAUGAAUGGCAGCUUUCUUGAUGCUGAUGAUUACCACCCACUAUCAAAUAAAGAAAAGAUGCAUAAAGGGAUCCCACUAACAGAUGAAGAUCGAAUUCCAUGGCUUGAAACACUGCAGGAUACCUUACGAGAGAGCUUAAUCAGUGGAAAAUUUGUGAUUCUUGGGUGUUCUGCUCUCCAGAAGCGAUACAGAAACAUUCUCAGAUCUGCUGACCCAAAUUAUGAUGUGGGAAGCUAUGCCAGUGUGGUAAAGUUUGUUUUAUUGGAUGCCCCGGCCGAAGUGCUUGCUGCUCGUUUAGAGAAAAGAGCUGCAGAAGGGAAUCAUUUCAUGCCUGCUAAGCUUUUGCAAUCUCAGUUAGACUUGCUUCAGAUAGAUGAAUUGGAAGGAAUAUUUAAGGUAGAUGCCACUCUAAGUCCACAGACGAUUAUAAGUAUCAUAUACACUUGGAUUUUUCCACCUCAGGAGAAUAAGAAUCUGUAACCAGUAUCUUCAACAAUUGAAUUGGAAAUAGUUAUAUUAGACAACUAAAAUUCUUGUAAUUUUUGGUGUGAAAGAACUGUUGUAGGGAAUUGUAAGACUUAACUCAUAUUGAAUUUGGAGAUAUUGAAGGAA